GUAUAAUGCGGCUUUUGACAACACCGGUCAGAUAAUUUUCAUGGUCAAGCUGUCUGUCGGCUGACUAGCAGCUAGUCAGCAUAUGUCAACCAUAGCUGCUAUGGUUGACAUAUGCUAAUGUUUCUUUGCGCUAUAUUGUAUCGUGAUACCGUUACGUAAUCGACGUACGCGUGUUGUUUUUGUGUUACAAUAUUGCUGUUCUCCGGCCUAUUGCGUAGAGCCGUGAAAGACUGAGCUAAAAGUUGAGGUCUUAUUGAAGUUCAAAUUAUUAACGAAAACUUGACACCGGUUGUAGUCCGUGAUUGUUAGACCGUUAUAUUAAAAAGUUGGAAGCUAUCACAGUGAAGUCAGUCAAAUCUGUAGAUUAAACGAGUUAAAUCCUAUUAUGUUACUAGAUUACAUGAAAACAUCUGUCAAUGAUUAUAUUUUCGAAUUGCAAAAAAUUGAGAAAAUUGAAAAUACUUUCAAAAAAUAUAUUGCAGCUCAUCCUUCUAUGAUUGAUAAGGAUGUCACAAUAAAUGAAGAAGAUAUUUCAAAAAUCAGGGAUAAUAUAAAAGACUUAUAUGAAAAAAUAAAUGACAAAAUAUAUGAUUGGAAUAAAAAAAAAUGUUCAUUUGUAUUUGAUUUACAACUCGAUAGUAAUGAAGAUUCAGGCAGUGUCGAAAUUGAUGAUGACAAAAACUUUGAAGACAUUGAAAAAAUAAUUGAUGAAAAAGAUUUAGAUAUUAAUUAUGUACCUGUUCUUAUACAAGAAAUAUUUUGCAAUAAUGCUAACAAAUAUAUUGUAAAAUAUUACAACAAUCUUGGAUUUAAAUACGAUACAAGAAUAAAUAAAACAUUUUAUAAUAUUUAAUAUUAUAACGUAUUCCAAAUUUUAUUGUUUAA